AUGCCACGAUCAUGUUUGAGUGGACAAUGGCGGAACCGAUGCCGAAUGUUUUUGAUCAUUGCGCGUCCCCUUACCUACCGUAACCGAUGUGAUGUGUUGCAGCUUUGUUGCCUAAAAGUAGUGAAAUGUCAGACUGAAAUUAGGUCGCGUUUAUUUGCCUUAAUGGACUCGGAAAACGUGCGAUUAGCAGAUUCAUCCACUAAGAAAAACGAAAAAGCGGCACCUGCAGGCACAAGUGCUCCAUCAAAAAUGCGCAUUUUAAAUUCAAAACGAUCGGGCCGAGUUCGAAUCGUGAAUGAACUAAAACCUUUUCUUCCGUUAUUACCUGAUGUUGCUGAUAUGGAAAUAAAAGAACAAAAGCAGCUUUUUCAACAGCUCUAUUCUGCUGGAAUAGCUGCCUCGGCCUCGCUACAUAAGAUUGCAGUAUACGGAGAUCGUCAUAUGGUUAAUCUAUGGUUAACAAUGAGUGCUGCGCAACAAUUUCCCCGAUUUUGUGCCAAAUUUGGUGCUACCGCUUGUGUUGGUGGAAUAAAAGAUGAUUUGUGUAUUGAUAAUGCACAAGUUGAGAAACCUUAUGAUAUUACAGCGACCCUUCAAAAUACGCAAUUAUCUCCGAGUCAGCAAAUUCCAUUCACCUCUGAAGAUGCCGAGGCAUUGAAAACCCUUUCUCGUUCGGGCAUAUUGGAUGAUGCUGUCGAAUCGUUGCGACAGUUUCCGUCAUUGGAAGAGGACUUACUUGGUGUGAAAGAUGAUUUAGCAGCUGCGAGUCUUAUAACGCCUGAUAUAGCGGCUGCUGCUUUAUCUGCCUUUGCUGCCGCUAUCUUACGGCGGCCUCCUACACGAACAAUAGAAAGUUUAAUGGCAAGUUCGCAGGAUCCUGUAACUACAAAUGGAGGCCCCGAUUCUACGGAUGAUGAAUCGUUGGAGCUGAACCUCAGCGAGGAUGAAUCGGAAGACAAUGGUGACAUGUUAUUAAACCUCGCUGUUUCUGCUGGGUACUUAGAUCUGACUAAGGGACUGGUUGAAAUUCGAGGAAACCCGAAUUAUGUUAGUACAAAUAAUGAUCGCACACCUUUGAUGGAAGCUUGUUGUGCAGGACAUAGUGAUAUCGUUAAACAUUUGCUGGAGCAUGGUGCUGACAUGAAUGCUAUGAGUGCAACCAAGAACACUCCAUUGAUUUACGCAUCAGCUGCUGGUAACGUAGAGUGUGCGAGCUUAUUAUUGGAUUAUGGAUGUGAUAUCACAAUACGAAAUGAUAAUGGACAUUGCGCGCUCAUGGAAGCAGCCAGUUCUGGUUAUCUGGAAGUUGUUUCCCUUCUUGUUCAACGUGGAUUUCAAGUAUUACCAUGUAAUCAAAGUGACUUGAAAGUUGGAUUGGAAUCAGCUUUGACUUUAGCAGCUUACAAAGGUCAUUAUGAUGUAGUUAAGUAUUUGCUAGAACAAGGGGCCGACAAAUAUAAGGAAGAAUUACACACUGCUCUUAUGGAAGCAUCAAUGGAUGGACACUAUGAAGUGGCAAAAUUGCUGUUAGAUAAUGGUGCUCCAGUAAAUUUAGCAUCAGAUUCCUUUGAGAGCCCAUUAACUUUAGCUGCUUGCGGCGGACAUCCUGAUUUGGUGCGGCUGCUGCUGGAAAGAGGUGCUAUCGUGGAAGAAGUAAAUGAUGAGGGUUAUACGCCUUUGAUGGAAGCAAGUCGAGAAGGACAUUUAGAGGUUGUUAGAUUGUUGAUUAAAUUCGGUGCAAAAGUCAAUACACAAACUGAUGAAACUGGCGAGACUGCGUUAACACUGGCAGCUUGUGGUGGCUUCAAGGAUGUUGUAGAAUUGUUGGUGCGAAGUGAUGCGCGUCUCGAUACCGGUGCAAAUACACCCUUAAUGGAAGCUGCUCAAGAAGGACAUCUGGACACCGUUAGAUUCAUCCUUAAUGAAAUGCGUUCACUUGGUUUGCCAAUCGAUGCUACAACGACAGCAAAUAGCAAUACGGCGUUAACCUAUGCUGCAGAAAAUGGUCAUUUGGAUGAUCAUCAAGCAGAAAAUGGACGUACGGCCUUAAUGAAAGCAGCGAAAAAUGGAAAUUAUAGUGUGAUUCAAUUUCUCCUAAUGAGAGGAGCUAAGGUAAACGAAGUUUCCACAGACAAUGAUGCCAGUGCGUUAUUCCUAGCAUGUGCUCAUGGCCAUUGGGAAAUUGUUCGAUUACUGCUGGAUCAUGGAGCUGAUCCAUCUCAUGUGUUUAAAGAUGGUAUGACUUGUAUGAUCGAAGCAUCGCGGAAUGGACACACACGCGUAGCAGAAACACUUUUGAAUUGGCAUGAUGCACCUAUUGUAACGCGCACACCUCUUUUGGGGAAACCACCAGCAUUACAGAACAGCCGUUUGAAAAAGGUUGCGCGACGAACAGUGAACAAAAAGGCGACCGCAAUCAUGCAGCCAAAAAUUGAAUGUGCUGAAAAAUCAAUGAAUAACGUGACAGUCGACGUAGGUGAAAAGAUGGGAUGCAUAGAUGGAACUACAAUGUCAGCAUCAACAACGGCAGUUACAAUGGCAGGAAUGCAUUCGCAAUGUACGCAUGAUUCUCAAGUCAUAUCAGGAAUGCAUAAUCUAUCAACAAAUGCAAACGUACCAGCUCAUUUGCUUGCGCAUUAUAAUUAUCAAAAUGCGAUAAAUCCGGAUGAAUUACGGGGUAUGAUUGCGGGAAUGGCUGCUAUGGCUGCACAGUCUAAUGCGCUGCCUAAUGAUCAUUUAUUCGCGCAAAUAGCAGAAAAAGCAUUGCGUGGUACAUUUGCAAACAGUGAAAUUGCUAGCGGCUUAGCGGAUAAGAAGAUGCAUCAGCAGUUCAGUGAAUUACUGAAGCAGCAAUUUAGCAUAUUAGCAAAUCGACAGAAAGAUGCAUUGGCUGGUUUAGGAGAUGUAAACUCUCUACCAGAUUCUGAAAACGGUGGAAGUACAUCAUAUAGUCCCUCUGUUACUUCAUCUCCAUCACCUCCAAUGAUUGUGUGCUGUGAAACAACUGCGGCACACGCAGCUGUGGUACAUUCUCCCAAUUCAGCUGCAGAUAUGAGGAGAAAGGACAGUGCGUCAAACGAAAGACAAAAAAUCACCGGAGGACGUGGAACACUGCAGAAGAAAGGUGGUAAAAGCACUGUGUUAUCAGAUAGUGAACAAAGAGGUUCAUUUCCACCAACAUCUCUCAGAUUCCCAGCACCACCACCACCAGUCAUGAAUGCAAAUCUUUCGCGUGAAUCAUUUACAGAAGGAGUACCGUUGUCACCACCGAAAGUGCAGCAUUCAUUGAGACAGCAGUCACCACCAUUGCAUAAACAAAAAGUCAUAUCAGAAUCAACAGUUGGGCGACAACGCUCGAAGCCCGUUCUUGAAGCAGCUGGUGAUGAGUCAUUAGUCGACAGAAAUGCAUCACGGAAUAGAGGUAGAACAUUAAGUGAGAGCGCAAUGCAUGUUGGUGAUGGACAACAACAUACAGGUGAAAGAACAUAUGAUACAGAAAGUGAUGAAGAAAUUAGUUCUCUGCCGUUUAAUGUAGAUAUGCAGACUGAAUCAAAUCAUGACACUGCUCUUACCCUAGCCGCCACAGGUGGGCAUGACUCUCUCGUUGAACUCCUUAUUUCUCGAGGUGCUAACAUUGAGCAUAAGGAUAAAAAGGGUUUUACGCCAAUUAUAUUAGCUGCAACAGGCGGUCAUGCAAACGUUGUUGAACUACUACUAAAUCAUGGUGCUAACAUUGAAGCGCAGUCUGAUCGCACAAAGGAUACGGCCUUAUCUCUCGCCUGUUCUGGUGGACGGAAAGAGGUUGUUGAAUUACUAUUAAAACGUGGUGCUAACAAAGAACAUCGUAAUGUGAGCGACUACACACCACUUUCUUUGGCUGCCUCUGGAGGUUAUGUUGAUAUCGUGAAUUUACUUCUAAAUAAUGGUGCAGAAAUUAAUUCCCGUACUGGCUCAAAGUUAGGCAUAUCACCACUUAUGUUAGCGGCAAUGAAUGGGCACGCUGCAGCAACAAAAAUAUUACUUGAACGUGGUUCGGAUAUUAAUUCGCAUAUUGAAACAAAUCGCAAUACUGCAUUGACACUGGCAUGCUUUCAAGGUCGUACCGAUGUGGUACGAUUAUUGCUUGAAUACAACGCCAAUGUUGAGCAUCGAGCUAAGACUGGACUUACUCCAUUAAUGGAAGCAGCAAAUGGAGGUUAUGUGGAUGUUGGAGAAUUAUUAUUAACUGCUGGAGCAGAUCCAAAUACCUCACCAGUCCCUAGUAGUCGUGAUACCGCACUGACCAUUGCAGCUGACAAAGGACAUCACAAAUUUGUUGAAAUGCUGAUCCAUGCACGCGCUUCGAUUGAUGCCAGAAAUAAGAAAGGCUGUACGGCUUUAUGGUUAGCGUGUCAUGGAGGUCAUCUGGAAACUGUGCAAACACUAGUAAAGCAUGAAGCGAGUGUUGAUAUACAAGAUAAUCGUCAAGUUUCACCACUAAUCAUUGCCUUCCGAAGAGGACAUAUAAAAGUAGUAAAGUAUAUGGUACGACAUGUGACGCAAUUCCCAAAUGAUGCGGAUUGCUAUCGUUAUAUCUCCACGGUUAAUGAGAAGGAAUUACUUGCACGAUGUCACCUUUGUAUGGACAUAAUUGUUGCAGCGAAGGAUCGGCAAGCUGCGGAAGCUAAUCGUGCUGCAGAAUCUCUUCUAGAAAUUUUGGCGAGAGAGGAAGAGCAAGCUAAAUCUAAGAAACUUUCGAAACAGCGACAAAAUGAGAAGAAGAAAGCUAAGCGAAAAGCGAAGAAAAAUCAAGCUGAUGGAAAUACUGAACGAAAAGAUUCGGAUCGUAAAGAAGAUGCAUCUACCAAUAAUGGCGAGGAAUCAGCUGAUGAAGAAAAUGGCUCUGAAAAAGCAAAUAGUGCUGUAGCGGUUGAAGAAAGUAAUAUUCGUGAUUUGGAGCAUGCGCUUUUUCAAAUCGAUCCACCACGUGUACCUGCAUUGUUAUUAGACGAACACAGUGUAGACGAACACGAAGCUGUAUUGUUCCCUGAAAGUUCACUCACAAAGCGCACGGCGGUGACCGGUGUUUCUAUUGCUGGAAAAUCGUCACGACACAGAGUCCGCAAAGAAAGUGGUAAGUCUGCUGCUCCUGUGAAAUCGCCUCCACAUAAAGCGGGUAGUGGAAAUACUUCGGAUACCGAAUGGAUGAAAGCAACAUCGAGAAAGAGUGCGGGAAAAACAGUGAUGUCAGGGAAAAGUGUUAGUUCUAGCAGCACCCCAAAGGAAGACAGUGGAAGUAAUAGCAAUAGUAGCAAUGCGACAUGGAGGAAUGUCGACUCGAGCCGUCGACGUUCCGCUCGGUUGUGUGUAUCGUCAAACUCAAUAGCACGUGUUAUUGGUCGCGCAGGAGGUAAUAUCAAUGCAAUUCGCGAAGCUACCGGAGCAUACAUUGAAGUUGAGAAACAAACCGGAAAGAAGGAACAGCAUGAUCGACAAAUAACACUAAAGGGUACCGACGAUGCGUUAAGGCAAGCCGUUGAAAUGAUACAUGGUUUAAUCGAUGAUAGUGAAUGUAAUGUAGAAGAAGUGAUUCAGCGAGUGAGUAGUGCCUACAGUACCUCCAUUUCUCAGAGUGAGGAAAAUGCUAGUGGAAGUAAUUCGGCGUUAACAUUAUCUAGCACUACACCUGCAACGACAGCAUCACUUCCUCAAAAAAAGUCGCAUGCCAUCGGCACUGUAAUAUCACAUGAACCGUUGGAGAUGUCGCAUACUGCAGCAACAGGCAAGAAAACUGUCCCAUAUACUGCUACCACGAAUGUAUGGGCACAGCGGGCUGCACAACGUCAAAAUCAGAAAAUGGUUAGUGCAAUUGGUUCAGAAAAGAAGCAAAAAAUGUCAUCUGGUGCUGUAGAACAGGAAAACCCAAAUCCUGAUCAGGUACCACAACUCAAAACACCUGGAACAGUGCUUCCUCCGCCGGAGGUGCCAGUCGUGGAUAUUGCUGCUCUCAAAAUUGUGGAUGAAACGCAAAAACGUGGAGUGAAAGAAUUUUGCCGAGCACCUGGGCACGCAAGACCAACUUCUGCAUCUGCUUCAAGUCCUUCGGUCUCACCGAUUGAUAAGGGGCAAGGUAUCGUAAUUGAAAGUGGACCUUUGCGGUUUAAACUUUUCCUUGAAGGCUUGAAAUCUCCGAUUCAUGUCGGAUCUGGUAGUGCUAUAGUCUCUUCUUCGAUCGGUAUGACCAUACCAACUGAUACAAUGACUGAUAUAAAGCCUAGAAUGGAAUUAUUUGAAGCUGGACCGAAAAUUGAAUUUCCCCAAAAUAUUCCAACCACUGCUCCACUACCUUCUGCAUCAGACAUUGCUGAAAGGAAAUUGCAACCACUUCUUGGUGCAACUAAAUCGAAUUUGGACGCAAUGAAGCCGAGCUCUGUGGACCAGAAACUGUUUUCGCCAUUGGAUUCUGCUCGCCCAGGCAUCAUGUCGUCGUCGAUUGCCAAUAUUUGGGAUGAUAAUAUUGUUGACGAUAAACCUUGGACUGUUCCUACACCUACACCUUUAGUACCAGUGCAAUUGGAAGAGUUUGCAAGAAACCUCAAUGUCCAGCUACCGACUUCAACGAAACCUGCUAGAGAUUACUCGAGUUCCUGUACUACGGUUGAUCAUGUGGUCGAUUUGGCUAAAAAUAUCGCUAAUUUACGGACAUCCGAUGAUAAGCCAGUCAGUACAAGUAACGAGGCUGCGGCACGACGCACUUUCUUGGGGGAGAAUAUACAGCCCUUCGAUUUGAAUGUUCCUUUUUCAAAUCGUGACUCUGUUGAUUGGGGUAAUGUAGGACCUUUUCCAACAGAUACAUUUUCGCGUUGGAGAAAUGCUCAGUUAGAUUCAGCGCCAACUGCAGGAUCUACUCAAGAAAUCGACAGUUCUUCCUGGAUAGAUCAAGCAACCCGCCUAGCAUCUACCCGUCAGGAACAUCUACCGUUUCCACCGACAACUUCUUAUGCAGUUCCGGGAAAUUCAGCACAUGGUACGAGUUCUUUCGGAACUGAUGUAGCAAACGUCAAUCUCAGUCACCAACAACAGUCGACGCAGGCGUGGAAUCGCAUACAUUUUCAACAGGCUGCACAAGCCGCCAGUAAUGAAUAUGAAAAUUUGACGAAUCUUCUUAGCUCAUAUCGACCAGCAGCAAGUUCGCAGCAUCAACCAGUACCUUCGCAGCAGCAUCAUCAAGUACACCAGCCAAUUGUGCCAAUGGGAAAUAUUAAUUACAGUGCUGCACCUUCAGCUGUUGGACCAACUAGUUUUCGGAUACCUGCACCACGUUCCCAGAUUACAAAUACAUCGGUUCCACCGCCACCUUUCUUUAAUUCUCAAAUCCCACCACCAUCUUCUAUGUCCCACCGUGGUGUGAUUCCGGUUACGCAGUCUGCAACGAGUGCAGCGUGGCCAUCAGUUCACUUUGCUGGGCAAUCACAGACGAAUACGAUUGCUGAAAAUACGCAAUUUCCACAAUACCCUAGCACUACACGUACAAAUUGGAGUUACAAUUGGUAA